CCUCUAGGAAGUAAACACUUUCUAACAAUGGCGGUGCCCUGAGUGCCAAAUGCGCUAGUACUGCAAUUUACAUUUUGGCGAGACCGACACCUCUCGGGUUAGCGGUGUAAAGAUUGAUGCGGAAAGGGCACAUGGUGUUUUGAUUGUCGCCACAAGUCGGCUUUGACCCUGAACUUUCCAAGCAGAAUGAAAAUGUGGCUGAGACUGUUUACCGUUCUAGCAGCACUGGGAGUAUUUUUGCCAAUGAUGGUGCUUGUCUACAUGAACGCGUGGACCAUGUCUGACGGUGCGGAACGGCCGAGUGGAGAGGCAGUUGGUCGCAAAGUCCACUACAAGAGCAGAGAUAGGCUGAACUCAGUUGGAAGAAAUCCAAAGGGUCUCGGCUGGCGAGAUCACCUUGAGGAAAAGUGUGAGGACAUGGGUAUCCAAAGCUCCCAGAAAAUUAAUCACCGUUCUUUCAACCAUAUCAUCGUAGACAAAAAGUACAAGGUUCUCUACUGCCAGGUGCCCAAAGUUGCUUGUACAAACUGGAGACGUGUACUUUUAGUUCUUUCUGGCAAGGUUAAUGUUACUGACCCUAUGUUGAUUAAAGCUGGCGAUGUUCAUAAGAAAUAUGACAAGCAUCUCACUUACUUAUCCGACCUCUCUAUGAAAGAAGCUGAUAACGCUUUGAGGAAUUAUUACAAAUUUUUUUUUGUGCGUGAACCUUUUGAAAGACUUCUUUCUGCUUAUCGGAACAAGUUUCAAGGACAGUCAAACACAAGUAAAUUCUUUCAUUCACGAUAUGGAAAGGACAUAAUCAAGAAUUAUAGAAAACAUGCAUCAGCUAAUUCACUUGCUCAAGGCAAUGAUGUGUCCUUCUUUGAGUUUGUGCAAUACAUUGUGGACAAGAAGAGGAAAGAAGCUUUAAACGAACAUUGGUGUCAGUUCUUUGAACUCUGUCUCCCAUGUCUGAUUAAAUAUAAUUUUAUUGGAAAGUAUCAUCAGUUGGAGAAUGAUUCAAAGCAUGUUCUAGAUUCUAUCGGUGCAUCGUCACUUGUCAAGUUCCCUACUAGAGCAGCUUCCUACCACCAUCAGAAAACCUCUGACGUCCUGCCAAGUUAUUAUCAGCAAAUCCCUCCCCAUUACCUUGGACUUUUGUGGAAAACUUACUACCCAGACUUUGAGCUGUUCAACUACACAAUACCAAGUGUUAUCCGAAACCUCACCUCUGAGUGGAAUAGAAGUUGAGUGUGUGCUUGUGCACAGAGAUAAAAUGUUAAUGUCAGCACCAAAACAAAGUGCUUAUUUGUUUGUCCCCAAAACACAUUUUUAUAGCUCUCCUGCCUGAAAGGUAGGUAGGCUUAUGUCGUGGCCUGCUAGUCCAUUGUGUGGUGCGAGUCAAGUGUCUGAACAUCUUCUUCUUCGAAGCUGAAACUUGACACACUUUCCAAACAAUGACACCAGGGCCCUGUUCCACAAAGCGAUCUUAGCGCUAAGUCUGUCGUAAGUCUAUGUUAAAGUAUGGGAGUUACGAUCAUCUUAGCGCUAUGAUCGCUUUGUGGAACGGGGCCCAGAACUUGUUCGGGAAGUUUUUGAUCCGGUUUUCUAUAUGGCUGCCAUGAUGUGCAUGUUACUUUUUAUGAUGACAUGAUGUUUUCUUCAAAUUCUUAGAUUUUAGUGUGAGUUUUUUCUCAGUAUAUAUGCUGAAAGCAUUUGAAGAUCGAUGUUGACGGACCUUUGUUAAUCUGCUCACUUUGUUGACAUUUUUAACUGUUUACUAUAUAUUAAGGUGAGCUACACUGAAGUGGCACUAUUUUUUAACAAUAAUGCAGAGAUUAAGGUUUAUUUUGAAUGUGUGUUUUUGUUCAAAGACAAAUGUUAAUGGCAAAACAUAAUAACUGCUUGUUUAUCCAAGUUGCCUUUUGAACAAUAGGAUGAGAUGAAGAAUUAUGAUAAAGGACAAUUUGUUGAGUGUUUGCUUGUGUACUAUAAGAUAUUUGUUAUGUCCAAAACAAAGUAACUGGUUGUUCAUUUGUCAAAAUCACUUGGCAGCCUUUGCAAUUCACACUUGUACACGAGCCCGAGACUACUAAAUUUCUUUGAGGACAAGUAAAAAUCCAAUCAUAGGUUCAGUAAAAUAAGGUUUACACUACUACUCUGAAGUUUUAAGGCUGGCUCAGAUAAUUGUCUGUCUGUGGGAAUAGGUCUUCAGCAACCCGUGCUUGCCGUAAAAGGCGACUAUGCUUGUCGUAAGAGGCGACUAACGGGAUCAGGUGGUCAGGCUUACUGACUUGGUUGAUGCAUGUCAUUGAUCCCAAUUGCGUAGAUUGAUGCUCGUGAUGUCAAUCACUGGAUUGUCCUGGAUUGACUUGAUUAUUUACAGACCGCUGUCAUACAGCUGGAAUAUUGCUGAGUGUGGCGUUAAACAACAAACAAACAAAGCAAAGACACAAUGGGAGAAAAAUGUGCAACAUUUAUGCAAAAUGUUCUCCUGUGCAAUUUUCUCCUAUGUACAUAUCUUAUGAUAAAGGACAAAUAUCUUGCCAUGCCGAAUUGUAUUCCUGAUCAAAAGGCCUACAAGUUGUGAAGCAUGGGUCUUAUGAAGCCUUCUUGUCUGUCUAUUCAUGUUCUCUGGUUGUAUAUACAGUGUAUACAUCGACUAAAUGAACUGUUCAAUAUGUUUUUCCUUGGUAUAUUAUGGUAUAGGAUGUGGUGAUCGACAUGUCCUGUCUGUCCAGAGCAUAAUACUAAACCUUUCAAUAUUUGUUCAAGAACUUUUGCUCACAUAUUUUACCUCAUGCUGAAUUGGGGAAUUUUAUGGAUUUUUUAAUUGACCAGAUCAUGCAUGGUCCUUCUGCUAGCAAGGUUAGUUUCCAAAGCAGAGCUACAGAAAUUCAGUUAUUAUUCUCCGUAGGACUUUGCUCCAAUAUCAAACAAGACAUUUCAUGUUUUUAUUAUUUGGGUUUGUUUUUAAGGGAAAAAAUCUGAAAGCCACUUCCUCUGUGUUAUAAAUUCUGCCACCAUAUCUGAAAAUGCUAAGAAAUCAAACUACUAAACAUGAUUUUUCACAAAGGUAUUUUAACCAAGAAAGAUCCAAGUCCGACCUUAGCUAUUUGGUGUAGAGGUGGUGCCUUUAGCUGAUCAUUUCCUGGCAAAGAAAGAGGCUUGAAAAAUAUCUCAAAACCAUUCAGUUUUUUCUCCAAAACUUUGCUCAGUUUGGAGAUGUCUUUUAUGUAAAAUUAUGUAGCUUACAUUAUGUAUAUAAUCAGUUUCUUUCACAUGCCCAUGAUUGCUAAUGCCUUAUACUUUUUUCUAGUUGGAUUACACGAGCGACCUAAAAUAAGAGAAUAAUUUACAAGGACUUUUGAUAAUUUUAACGAGUCGAAAACAAACAAUUCAUGAUUUAUCACCAUUCAUGAGAAAUUUUGAAUAAUACUCAAUAAAAUCUUUAUUCCAUCUUUCAAUAUCAUUUCACAACCGUUCUUCUGGAACGGUGUUAACUUCAUGUUUUUAGUAAUUAGUAGCAGUACUAAUCUGGUUUUAAUGUGUAAUACCUACCUACAUUGGAUUUUAGGCCAUUUAUUUUUGGUAAACCAACUAAUAACAAAUAAAGGUCAAAAGUGACAGAGAUGCUUUCAUGGUGCUGCAGUAUAAUCUGCCAGGUGUGAAGUUUGCUAAUGAUUUGUGAACAGUUCAAUCCAGCUGUUGUGUCUGUGCUGAAACCUCCAAUGCCAAAAAGUUUUCAGUUUAGUCACUACUUUCGUGAUACACUCGCUACACUCCAGAUACCUUGGUUGGUACAAAUGCUAAAUGUCUUGUUGAAAUAUUUUUUGUAUCAUGGCAGCCAAAUCAGUAACCAAUUAUAAUACUUAGUAAUUGUUUUUUGUUGGUAAGAGCCUGAAUGAAGUAAUCAUGUGUGAUUGUGAUGCUAAGAUGAUCCUAACUCCCAUACUUUAACAUAGGCUUAUGAUAAUCUCAGCACUAAGAUCACUUUGUGCAAGUGGGCCCUUGUGUUUUGUCAAGGUGGUGAAUAUACAUGUUAUUAUUAUAUUCAUUAGAACUGGAAUCAUGCAUCUUGUAGGAUUCUCGUAGUUUUGAAAAUUGAUCCUGGCUUUCAAAAUUCAUCCUUUUUUGUGUAUUUAGUUGUUUUUUCCUAAGUUGGGGUAUGGAUCCGCCGACCCAAAAUUGUUUGGAUAAAUAUAUUGCGUAGUUGCAAUAAAAUUCAAGUUUUGUUAUUCUCUAAAAUCAUUAAUGAAUUUCUUGUUUGCUAAUAAAAAUGAUCAAUAACAUGAAUAAUGUUUACAGGGCUCCAGAUGAUAUUUUUAGCCUUUGAGUUUUCAUUCACAUGUUAUCAUUCACUUCGGGUAUUUAUAGUUUUCUUUGGAAAUAUUUUUUGAGUAUACAUGUUAUCAUUCACUUUGGGCAUUUGUAGUUUUCUUUGGGUAUAUUUUAUGAGUAUUCAUAAGAAGCAACUCAAAAUUUAAUGGGUUAUGGUGAUUUAUUGUGAUUUGGCGCUAAUACACAGCAUAUCUGUAUCUGGGUGUUUGUAUAAAAUUGGUUUGUUUUCUAUCCAGAUAAUAUCGCUGGUCCAUAUAUCUGUAUGAGGUGAGGUGAAAUGGGGUUUAACGUCGCGUCCAAGAUUAUUGCACUUGUAUAGCGACGUGCAUGUACGUGUGUGUGUUUGUGUGGCUGCCUGUACUAGUCUGGACUGAUGCCGAUUCAUAG